AUGCAAGUCCGGGAGGAGCUCGAUGCCAUCCUAGCCGAGGAGUUGCUGCCCUUCGACCGAGAGUCAUUUGACGGGGUCAUGGGUCUGGCCAGGAGGGGACAGAAGUUGUGUCGGGUCCUCGGUACACUCGAUGAGAUCUUCGGCUCGGCCUCUGAAGAUGCGCCUGUUGACGUCGACGUCCUACGACUGAAAAGGCUUCUGCGUGUCAUCGAGCAGCGCCAGCAUGGCGGAGGUCUUGAAGCCCGGGAACACCUCUUGCGCCUUGUCAAGGCCUUUUGUCGUGAGGCUGAGAGGAAGGCCGAGGAUGCCUUGAGGCGUCGUACUGUCGACUUGGGGGGAGAAUGGGCACUUCUUCCUGAGAGGCCCGAUACUCGGGACAGCUCCUUUGAUGCAUUGGACGAGUACGUCUGCAGCGCGGCCGAACCCAUCAGCCGGUUGUUGGUCCCGAUCGAGGAUACGCUGGACAACUCGGCACUUGUCGUGACUGGCACUGUACGUCAACAACAGUACCUUUCUCUCUAUUGA